AUGUCCAUUCCUCCCGCCCAAAACUGGUACCCAUCACCCAACGACAACCAACCCAACCCCAACUCUCCAUUCCACGACGUCCCACCUCAAGCCCUCAUCGUCCCUCCCACGCCCCUAGAACAAAAAUACAACGAUACCUGCACCAAGCUCAAAUAUAUCGAAGCAACUAAGGAACAAAUCAUAAAUCGCAAAGAGGAACUUGAAAUAGAACUUGAGGUUGCAAGGAUAAGAUUGGAUGAGAAAGGGGCGGAAGGAAGAGAUGGAAGAGAGAGAAUGAGGAAAGUAGUUGUGCUGGAAAAGCUAGUGGUGGUGUAUGAGAAUUACGUGGAGUAUUUGGAGGAGUGCGAGAGGUUGUUGGAGGGGAAGGAGGAGGAGUUAGAGGAGUUGAUUAGAGAAGGGAAGGGGAUGGGUGGGGAUGCGAGAGGGGUCAAUGGUAGAAGUUGGUGGGUUAGGGCGGCAGCGGAGUUCAGGGAGAGAGCGGAGGAGGAUUUUGGAGUAAAUAUGGAGUUUGAACGAGGGAAUGAUUGA